UGGUUGAUCUCUAUUUUACUCCUCUGUGAUUUCAGAAGAGUCGGCAAACGAAGAAAUAGAUUCGAUUGAAAGCCGCCUCUCUGUCGUGCUAGAUUAGGGUUUCGAAACUGAUGGCUGAAGAAGCUAAAGCUAAAGGUAACGCGGCAUUCUCCGCUGGGCGUUUUGAAGAAGCAACUCGAUUCUUCUCCGAAGCAAUCGACCUCGCCCCUACAAAUCAUGUUCUCUACUCCAACCGUUCAGCUGCUUACGCAUCCCUUCACAAAUACAAUGAAUCGCUUGUUGAUGCCAAGAAGACAGUCGAAAUCAAGCCCGACUGGUCUAAGGGUUACAGUCGCCUCGGGGCGGCUCAUGUUGGUCUCGGCAGUUUCGAUGAGGCAAUCGCUGCUUACAAGAAGGGCCUCGAGCUGGACCCCAACAAUGAAGCCUUGAAAUCAGGCCUUGCUGACUCUCAGUCUGCUGCUUCACGAUCUCGUGCUCCUCCAUCUUCGGCGCCUCCCUUCGGAAAUAUAUUUCAAGGGCCAGAGUUGUGGGCCAAAUUGACGGCUGAUCCGUCGACCAGGGGAUAUCUUCAACAGCCCGAUUUUGUGAAGAUGAUUCAAGAUUUGCAGAGGAAUCCUAAUAAUAUGAGUAUGUAUUUGGCGGAUCAGAGGAUGAUGCAAGCUCUGGGUGUUUUGCUUAACAUUAAAAUGAGGUCUCCAUCGCCUGGAGAAAUGGAGGUGCCUGAGACGGAGGAGGAGGCGGAGGCAGAGUCAGAGAAGCAACCAGAGCCUGAGCCGUCAAAACAGCCGGAGCCUGAACCAGAGCCUGAGCCGGUGGUGCUUUCUGAAGAGAAGGAGGCAAGGGAAAGGAAGGCACAUGCACAGAAGGAGAAGGAGGCUGGCAAUGCGGCAUAUAAGAAGAAAGAUUUUGAGACGGCAAUUCAGCAUUAUACUGAGGCAGUGGAGUUGGAUGAUGAAGAUAUUUCGUUCCUUACUAACAGGGCUGCUGUUUACUUGGAGAUGGGAAAGUACGAGGAAUGCAUCAAAGAUUGUGAUAAAGCUGUUGAGAGGGGCAGGGAGCUGCGCUCAGACUUCAAGAUGGUUGCAAGGGCAUUGACUAGGAAGGGAACUACCUUGGCGAAGAUGGCAAAAUGCUCAAAGGACUAUGAGCCUGCAAUUGAGGCCUUCCAGAAAGCUCUUACUGAGCAUCGUAAUCCAGACACACUGAAAAAGCUGAAUGAUGCUGAGAGAGCAAAGAAAGAACUUGAGCAGCAAGAAUAUUUUGAUCCACAAUUAGCAGAUGAAGAGCGUGAGGAAGGAAAUGAGUGUUUCAAGCAACAAAAGUAUCCAGAGGCUGUCAGGCAUUACACACAAGCUCUGAGGAGGAACCCAAAAGAUCCAAGGGUGUAUAGUAAUAGGGCGGCAUGCUACACAAAGCUGGGGGCAAUGCCUGAGGGAUUGAAGGAUGCAGAGAAGUGCAUUGAACUUGAUCCAACCUUUUCAAAAGGGUAUACAAGGAAAGGUGCAGUCCAGUUCUUCAUGAAGGAAUAUGACAAAGCACUGGAAACGUACCAGGAGGGAUUGAAACAAGACCCCAACAACCAGGAAUUGCGCGAUGGAGUGCGGAGAUGUAUUGAGCAGAUCAACAAGACUAAUCGUGGGGAUAUAAGCCCAGAGGAAUUGAAAGAGAGACAGGCUAAGGGUAUGCAGGAUCCAGAGAUACAGAAUAUAUUGUCUGAUCCUAUUAUGAGACAGGUGUUGACUGAUUUCCAGGAGAACCCAGGUUCAGCCCAGGAACACUUGAAGAAUCCCCAAGUGAUGAACAAGAUACAGAAACUAGUCAGCGCAGGGAUUGUUCAACUCAAAUAAGGAGUUUUGAAAGGGAAGGUGGAGCAUCAACACCAAGUGUUCGUCUCAUUUACUGUUACUCCACAUUGUGUAUUUGAUUCUAUGAAUUCAGCAAGGGCACUGAUUUUGAUUUAAGAAUUUUUGAAUUAGUCUAAUUUUUAUUUA